CGCACCGAGCCGAGCGCCGGGUCCCGCACCCGCACCCGCACCGCUCCAACCCCUUCCGGCUCCGGCACCGCUCCAGCCCCGCUCCGGCACCGGCGCCGUCCCCGCUCCCGCCCCGUCCUCGGAGCGGCCCCGCAGCGCCCGUUGCGCCGCCCCUGCCCUUCCCCGGGACCCGGCGUGGCGGCGGCAGGAAGGAGGAAGGAGGGAGAGGGACCUGCUCGGCGGUUGGGCUCUGCCAUCCCUCGCAGCACGAGCUAAAAUGAACAAGAUGAAGAACUUCAAGCGGAGGUUUUCACUCUCGGUUCCCCGAACAGAGACCAUCGAGGAGUCGCUGACGGAGUUCACGGAGCAGUUCAACCAGCUCAACAACCAGAGGAAUGAAGACCUGGCUCAAGGGCACCUGCAGUUGGGACACCUUGGCCGGGACUUCCGAGCAGACACCAGCCCUGUUUCCCCCUCCGAGGGGGAAGGCCAGACCCCGAUGGCCGUGCGCUACCGCAACAACAACCAGCGCCGCUUCUCCAUGGAGGAUGUCAGCAAGCGCCUCUCCCUGCCCAUGGACAUCCGCCUGCCCCCCGAGUUCCUGCAGAAGCUGCAGAUGGAGAGCCCGGAGUUCCCCAAGCCCCUCAGCAGGAUGUCCCGACGGGCUUCCCUCUCAGAUAUUGGGUUUGGGAAGCUGGAAACCUAUGUUAAACUGGACAAACUGGGAGAGGGCACUUAUGCCACUGUCUUCAAGGGACGCAGCAAGCUGACUGAAAACCUCGUUGCCCUGAAGGAAAUCCGCUUGGAGCACGAGGAAGGGGCACCUUGCACGGCCAUACGGGAAGUGUCAUUGCUGAAGAACCUGAAACACGCCAACAUCGUCACCCUGCACGACAUCAUCCACACGGAGCGGUCCCUCACCCUCGUCUUCGAGUACCUGGACAACGACCUCAAGCAGUACCUUGAUAACUGCGGGAACCUGAUGAGCGUGCACAACGUGAAGAUCUUCAUGUUCCAGCUGCUGCGGGGUCUGGCUUACUGUCAUGGGAGGAAGAUCCUGCACCGAGACCUCAAACCCCAGAACCUGCUCAUCAAUGAGAGAGGGGAGCUCAAGCUGGCUGACUUCGGACUAGCCAGAGCCAAGUCAGUCCCUACAAAAACAUAUUCCAAUGAGGUGGUCACGCUGUGGUACCGGCCUCCUGAUGUCCUGCUGGGAUCUACCGAGUAUUCCACACCCAUCGACAUGUGGGGCGUUGGGUGCAUCCACUACGAGAUGGUCACCGGGCGGCCCAUGUUCCCCGGCUCCACGGUGAAGGAGGAGCUGCAUUUGAUCUUCAGGCUGCUGGGAACCCCAACAGAAGAGACCUGGCCUGGAAUAACAUCCAAUGAGGAGUUUAAGGCUUACAAUUUCACACAGUACCGAGCGCAGCCGCUAAUAAAUCACGCCCCAAGGCUGGACUCAGAAGGCAUUGACUUGCUGAUGAACCUCCUUCUGUACAAAGCCAAAGGCCGGAUCUCGGCGGAGGCAGCCCUGCAGCACGCCUACUUCAAGAGCCUGGGGGAGCGGGUGCACCUCCUGCCCGACAAUGCCUCCAUCUUCUCCCUGAAGGAGAUCCAGCUUCAGAAGGACCCUGGCUACCGAGGCUCAGCCUUUCAGCAGUCAGCCCGAGGGAAGAACAGGAGGCAGAGUAUAUUUUAAACUUGGAUCUCGUGUUCCCCUCGUCACCAUGGAGAUCAGAGCACUGAGAAAGGAGACGGCAGCUCCCACCUGACCCACCGCACAAUUACUGACUCCAGCAGGACGAUGCUGAAGCGCCCUUGGCCUUAGGCUCUCCCCUGCCCGUCCCCACCACCACAGCCCCUAAUAGCUGCUGUUGAGGGACCUGUUGCCUUUCUCCCCUCUUGUUGUCAUGUUGCCCCCAUCAGACGUGACCUGCACGUGAAGCACAAAACCCAGGGCAGCCCUCCCAUAUUUGCCCUUGCCUCUUAUAAUCCCUUUUUCUCUCCCUAUCUUUUGUACCUGAAUCCUGACAAAGAUGGAGCAGCUGGGAGGAGGGGGCUUCCCAUUGCUUCCCCCAGCAUCUCCCUCUCCUUGCCUCCAUUGUGUUCCCAAAUUCAGUCAGCUGGAUGCUCCCCAGGGAUGUCCUGAGCUGGGAGAGCAAGGCCUGGUUUAUCCUGCCUGGGGUGCAGAUAUCUGGUGGUGGGGCUGUGCAGAAGUAGAGCCAGAUGUUGGCUCUGUGCUGCCCCCAAGCCCUUCAUCCAGCCCUUCCCAAGCACCGAUGGAGCAGCCCCUUCCUCCUCUCGGAUCCUGCCACCCCACUACCCUCUCUGCCAUCGUCAGGAGGGGCAGGACACGCUUCCCAGCCAGCAUCUCCCCCCAUCCUGUGGCUGAGCCCCACGCGACGUGGCAGAGCCCGAGCAGCGCAUCCUCUGCGCACCAGCGUGUUGCGCACACCCACCUCAGCGCAGCUCUACCCGGAGGAAAGGGGGAGAGGUGCCAAACUCCCACAGCUCAGCUGUGGGCACCAGAAAUAGACCCGGAGAGAAGCAAAUCCUCCCUCAAACCUCUCUGCCUGCCCUCUGUGUUUGUAGCCAGCACCAGAUCAUACCAGCCCUGACUCAGACUGAUGCUGUGCGACCGGGGUAUGUGCUUAGGUAUGAACGUGCUUUGCUGGCCGAGGACUGCUCCUGGUGUGUUUUCCCCUCUGCACACUUCAGGAACGUGCCGAAUCCAUCCUGAGUGAAGAGGCCCCUGCUGCACCUCUCCCCCACAGCCUGAAAACAGCCUCAAACGUCUGCAAGUGUGUGAGCGUUGUCUCCCCGCUGUAUAAUAUUCACAUCCUUUUUUUGGCUGUCUCGGCUGACUGGUCCUCUCGCCCACCCCCAUCCUCCAGCCCAUGGAUGUGGACAGGACACUGUGGACUUGGCAAGUGCUGUGACCAUCACCUGGCACUGGGAUUGGCAGGACAUGCUGAUGUCUUAGUCCGUCACGCUCUCCAUGCCCCUGUUUCCAGGGGAGCGAGGGCUGGUUUCUGCUUUGAUGUGUGUCAUUUGUUCUGUGAUCCUCGGGAAAUGCAGAACGUGAGGAUAAACAUGGAGACCCUGGAGGCCCCAGAGCUUCUGGGGCGACUCCUCUCUGUGCCACUGCUUGAUGCACCCUCUGAGCUUCCCCCGAUCCAACCAAGCUGUUCAUUCGGGUUUGUCCUAGACAAGCAUCCAGACGUCUGCAUUGUUUGAGGUUUGCCCAUCCCUGCUCCAUUCCUCUCUCACCAUGUCCAGCGUACAGCAGGCUGAAUAGUUCAUUAAUUGUUUCCAUUUGAUAGGGAAGAGCAUGAACAGCCACCAGCCAUCAGUGACGCACUUCACCCUGAUGGCAGGGGAGUUACUGCCUGGUUCCUACGCCUGGCUCCUGCUCCGUGGGGCUUUGCAGUGGGGAGGUUCACAAAGGGAGGAGUAAGCCUGAACGCUCACAUUGUCACUUGUCUUUCACAAAGGCAUUUUACACAGGAAUUUCCUUGGCAUGGCAGGGAUCUGUGGUGCAGACACGCACUUCCCAGGGCAGCUCCCAGCGGGAGUUAGCUCAGCAGACAGGCCAGCUCAUGGAUACAGCAUCAUCUGUGCAGGUACAUGGGGUGAAGAGUGCUGGUGUGCCCGCGGAGGACAGCCUCCGCUGUGCUCUGUGAGCACAGAUCAGACCAGGGAGAGCAGGAACGCCCUCCACAUGCCCUUGGGAAGCUCAUUCAGGAUGUUUGACCUGUCUCUGUGUGGGUUUCUUGCUUGGCAUUGCCAUCCCCGUGCGUUGAGAUGGCCUCUUGCUGGGGCUCUCAGGGAGGGAGGAUGAGGCACACCACAGCACACCACCACCUCGGGGUAGUCUCAGCUCUCCCCCCAGAAGAGAGAUAUUCCAGCUGAAGGUCAAGGUCACCUACAGGGGGAAAAGAGCUAGCAACCACCAUGUAGACAGACCUGCUUUGCCCGGGAUCAGAUAGCAAAGACAAAGGGCCUCUUAGCUGCUGUUUAUUCUUUCGUAGCCUUUGCCUUUCCCCAUACAAAUCCUCCUUAAAGGAAACACUAAUAUUUAUUAGCCCUGUGAGUUACUAAGAGCCCAAAUAGAAGAUAACCCCUUUUGUUCCACUGCAUUGAGUGGGUAUUUGAUUCUUGUUCAGGAGGGCAAUAGUGUGAGUCAAUAUUUGGUGUCCUGCUGAGCAAGAGUUGAUCUGCCAAGCUCCUGUCACUGCUGCCCUUGCACUUGUCGGCUGGCAGAGCCCUGAGGAUCUCAUCUCCCACCAAAGCUGCCCACCAAAGCCCUUCUCUAUCUCCUGGAUGGUGGCACAGUUCCCCUGAGGACCAUGCGUCUGACAGGGUUUAUGAGGAUGGAGAUCUCUUGGACUAGGGAAGUAAUAACUCCCUGUGCUGGGCACUGGUGAGGCCGCACCCCGAAUCCUCUGUUCAGAUCUGGGCCCCUCACUACAAGAGAGACAUUGAGGUGCUGGAGCGGGGCCAGAGAAGGGCACCGGAGCUGGUGCAGGGCCUGGAGCACAAGUGUGAUGAGGAACGGCUGAGGGACCUGGGGGGGUUUAGUCUGGAGAAGAGAAGGAUCAGGGGGGACCUUCUCGCUCUCUACAACUGCCUGACAGGAGGACGGAGCCAGGAAGGGGCUGGUCUCUGCUCCCAAGGAACAAGGGAUGGGACAAGAGGAAACGGCCUCAAGCUGCCCCAGGGCAGGUUUAGAUGGAGAUGAGGAACAAUUCCUUCCCCAGAGGGUGCUCAGGCAUUGGAACAGGCUGCCCAGGGCAGGGCUGGAGUCACCGUCCCUGCAAGUGUUCACACCCCGUGUAGCCGAGGCCUCAGUGCCAUGGGUUAGUGGUGGCCUUGGCAGUGCUGGGGAGCGGUUGGGCUUGAUGAGCUUAAAGGUCUUUUCCAACCUGGUUGAUUCUAUGAUGCUCCAGUCUAAGAACCCCUGAGCUCUGCUCCCCCUGCUGCAAGGGGAGGAAAUGUGUGUUGGGAUUCCUGCUGCCAACGGCAUCGCUCCCUGCCUGCUCCAGCAGCUCAUCGCGCGCAGGCUUUCCCAGCUGGAUGUUUAAAGCAGCAUUAAUGAAGAUGCUGGGAAUGGCUGUGGCUCUCCGGCAUUUCUUUCAUUCCAUGGGUUCUCCCAUCCCAGAGCUUUGACAAAAGGAAACUGUUGUUUUGUCUUUCCAGACAUUUUUGUUGCAAUUAUUAAUAUGGUUUUUUUGUUACCAGUUCUGGUGGGAAAUGGAGUUUUUGGCUGUGCCCUCAGGAAAGGCUCUGUUCUGUCGUCUCUCCAGCUGAUAGCUAGCUAAAGAAAUGUAAGUAAUGGCAUGUGUAAAGCAAGGUCAGUGUUACAGGACAACAAUAAAGAGGCAGAGCUAUUUAA